AUGUCCGGCGAGAAACGUCCGGCGCCCGAGGCCUUCGGGACCUCACACCAGCUCGUGGUCAAAAGAAACAAGGCCGACGCCGAACUCAACGCGGGAACCACACUGGUCAAGGGCUCGUCGCAAAAUGGAGCUCUGGUUCAAUCUGUACCUCGCACGAGCGGGUUAGAUGCUCCCAUUAUGGAGCUCACAGGUCACUCUGGUGAAGUCUUCACGGCACGAUUCGACCCUACUGCUCAGCAUAUCGCAUCCGGCUCGAUGGACCGUUCCAUCUUACUUUGGAACACAUAUGGACAAUGCGAAAAUUACGGCCAAUUGACAGGCCACCGGGGAGCCGUGUUAGAUCUCCAGUGGUCACGGGAUUCCCGGUCACUGUUCUCGGCAUCCGCAGAUAUGACUCUUGGAAGCUGGGAUGUCGAGACAGGCGAGCGAGUACGUCGCCACAUGGGCCACGAGGAAAUCGUCAAUUGCCUCGAUAUCAGCAAGAGAGGACAGGAGUUGCUAGUCAGUGGCAGUGACGAUGGUUGCAUCGGCAUCUGGGAUCCUCGACAGAAGGACGCUCUGGAUUACCUCCAGACCGAGCUUCCCAUUACCGCAGUAGCACUGUCCGAGGCAGGUAAUGAGAUUUACAGUGGAGGUAUUGAUAACACAAUCCACGCCUGGGAUCUUCGGAAGAAGGCUGUGGUCUACUCCAUGGCUGGCCACACAGACACUAUUACUUCGUUACAAAUCUCGCCAGACUCGCAGACUCUGUUGUCUAAUUCCCACGACUCAACUGUUCGCACAUGGGACAUUCGUCCCUUCGCCCCUACCAACCGGCAAGUGAAGACGUACGACGGCGCUCCUGUCGGGCUUGAGAAGAACCUCAUUCGGGCCAGCUGGGACCCCAAGGGUGAGAAGAUUGCUGCCGGUAGCGGUGAUCGGAGUGUGGUUGUUUGGGAGGCCAAGACCGGGAAAUUGCUGUACAAGCUUCCCGGUCACAAGGGCACUGUCAACGACGUACGCUUCUCUCCCAACGACGAGCCAAUUAUUGUUUCGUGCUCGUCCGAUCGGAACCUGAUGCUUGGAGAGCUAGGCAAGUGA